AUGGGGACUUGGCAGCGUCUGCUGCUUUUUGGUGGGGUGUCUCCCGGGAGUGGUGGUGGGGCUGCUGCUCCGCUUGGGGGAAUCCGAGCAUUGGUUUGCAGGCGCCAGUUAUCUGGCGCUGAGAGUGAGUCCCUAAAACAAAGAAGAACACAGAUCAUGUCCCGAGGACUUCCAAAGCAGAAACCGAUAGAAGGUGUUAAACAAACUGUAGUUGUGGCUUCUGGAAAGGGUGGAGUUGGAAAAUCAACUACAGCAGUGAACCUUGCGCUUGCACUAGCAGCGAAUGAUUCGUCAAAGGCCAUUGGUUUGUUAGAUGUAGAUGUGUAUGGCCCUUCAAUUCCAAAGAUGAUGAAUCUGAAAGGAAAUCCAGAAUUAUCACAAAGCAACCUAAUGAGGCCUCUUUUGAAUUAUGGCAUUGCUUGUAUGUCUAUGGGCUUCCUGGUUGAAGAGACUGCACCAGUUGUUUGGAGAGGCCUUAUGGUAAUGUCAGCCAUUGAGAAACUGUUGAGGCAGGUAGAUUGGGGCCAACUGGAUUAUUUAGUUGUUGACAUGCCACCAGGAACCGGAGAUGUGCAGUUAUCGGUCUCACAGAAUAUUCCCAUUUCAGGUGCUGUGAUUGUCUCCACACCUCAGGACAUUGCAUUGAUGGACGCUCACAAGGGUGCUGAGAUGUUUCGAAAAGUCAACGUGCCUGUUCUUGGCCUUGUCCAAAACAUGAGUGUUUUCCAGUGUCCAAAAUGUAAACACAAAACUCAUAUUUUUGGUGCUGAUGGUGCAAGGAAACUAGCACGGACCCUUGAUCUUGAUGUUCUCGGAGACAUUCCUUUACACCUUAAUAUAAGGGAAGCUUCAGAUAUAGGCCAGCCAAUUGUGUUUUCACAGCCUGAAAGUGAUGAGGCCAAAGCUUACCUGAGGAUUGCUGUGGAAGUGGUAAGAAGAUUGCCACCACCAGAAUGAUUCCCCAGGUGUCCUGGAAAUUUGCCUGGUACUUGUCACUAGGAGGACCUUUGGAAAUCAGCAGUGUGGUGGUGGAACCUACAAAAGUAAUAGCAAUUGUUUUCUUUUAUUUCUGAGGAAAUAACGUCUUAUUUUCAGAUUUGAUUUGCUAAGUUACGACUCACAAAUAAAAUUUUUAUGUAUUAAUGCUAACUGAUAUAGUUAGGAAUUUUUUAAAAAGCUGAUGUGUACCAACUGCACAGAACUGCAUUUUAUUUUAUUGAACUAUUGGAGAAUAGUUUCUUUUGAAAAGUCACGAGCUUGUGAUGUUACAAGCACAGUUUGGGAGAGAACGGCACUCUUUUUAGAGUUAGUCAUUUAAAGGAUUUGCCAGAUUUGUGUAUGUGCAUAAGUAUGACACCUCCCCACAAGGCAGUUUAGUCUGGAUUUAAAUCUUGCCUCUAGUUCUAUCUUGGACACAUUCUCAAAAUAGGUGAACUUCAGCUUCUUCACUUGGAUCAGACUCUACCCCAGACUGAUGAAUAUGAAUCUCCAUGGGUGGGGCCUGGACAUGUGUGUUUUUAACAAGAUCAUAAUGAUUUUGAUAAUGAUGGCAAUGAUAAUAAUAAUUACAGCUAACAUUUAUCAAGUGCUUUCUCUGUGUCCUUAUAGUUAAUCUUCAAUUUUUAUGAGUGAGGUACUACAUAAUCUCUAUUUUAUAGAUGAGGAAACUGAGGUAUGGGAAAGUUAAGUGUCUUGCUGAGAGUUAAUAUUUCUAGCAGGUGAUAGAGCUGGGAUUUGGACUUGGGUAGUUGGAUACUGGAUUCCUCCUUCUGUAUACAAAUGUGUGUUUAAUUUCAAAAGAGGGAUAUAGUAUCCAGCAUUUCCUCAAACUUAUUUUGCCAUGAAAUUCAGCCCCCCUUUUAGGAGCAUUUCAUGGAGUUCAUGUUUCAAAAAACACACAUUGGAAAACAUGUAUCUUGUCUAAUUGAAGCUUAGAGAGAGAGUCAAGGACUUUGCAAGGUCAGAUAGAUAGUUAUAAAGCUGCAAGUACAGUAAUGUGUUACUUAACAAAGGGGAUAUGUUCUGUUCUGAGAAACUCGUCAUUAGGCAAUUUCAUCAUUGUGCCAGCAUCAUAGAGUGUACUUUCACAAACCUAGAUGGUGUAGCAUCUAGGCUAUGUGGUAUAGCCUAUUGCUCUGAUCACCGUGAUGAUGAUAUAUGUCAUCCGUUUUUGACUGAAACAUUGGACUGUACUGAUAAGAGUCAUUUGUUAAUUGGCAGUUACAAGGAAAUGGUCUAUGACCUUUGGCAGAUAUUUUCACAUCCUUUGCUCUGUAGUUAUCAGCCAGAAAGUUAGGCAAAGAGUUACACAUUAUUAUAAACAUGUUUUCACACAAAAACCUGUACAUAGAUAUUUAUAGCAGCUUUAUGUGUAAUAGCCAAAACAACCCAUAUUUUCUUCAAUGGGUAAAUGGUUAAACAAAUCAUGAUACAUCUGUACCAUGAAAUACUACUCAGCAGUAAAAAAUAAGAAAUAUGGAUACAUGCACAACCUGGAUGAAUUCCAGAGAAUUAUGCUGAGUUAAAAGGCCAAUUUCCAAAAUUUAUGUACUAUAGAAUUUCAUUUAUAUACAUUCUUGAAAUGAAAAGAUUGUAGAAAUGGAGAACAGAUUAGUGGUAGCUGUGUUAAGGAGGGGGUGGGGACAAGAGGGAAUUGAGUAUGGCUAUACAAGGGCAACAUGAGGGAUCCUUGUGAUGAUGGAAAUGUUCUGUACCAUGCCUUUAUCAGUGUCAAUAUCUUGGUUGUGAUCUUGUUCUGUAGUUUUGCAAGAUGUUACCACUGGGGGGUAUUGGAUAAAGGGCAGGGAAUCUCUAUUAUUU